AUGUUUCUGCCCAGUAUAAAUACCACGGGGGAGGACCUCUACGAGGUGGUGGUUGAGACACCCUGGUUGUCAACAAUCUACUCCCCCGGCCUUCAACAAAGCUUGACGCGGAUUCCUGGCGUCAUGAAGUUCGUCAAAUUCGCCUCGGCGGCUGUUCUUGCUGUCAUUGGUGGACAGGUAGGAGCCGAUUCUUCUUUUACUCCUGCCAGACCUCCGGCUGUUCCUCUGGCCGUGCGUAAUCCAUAUCUGAAUGUCUGGCUCAACGGGCAAGAAAACGGCCCUCACGCUAUCCUCCCGGGGCAAUGGCCCAAAUUCUGGGCAACCGGGAUUCAAGGAUGGCAAGGCUUCGUCAAGGUCGACGGUGAAGUAUAUAACUGGAUGGGUGGCGCUCCUGGAGCUCCGAAUGUCGACCAGUUGAGCUUAGAGUAUACGUCAACUCGUAGCAUCUUCAACAUGUCGGUUGCUGACAAGGUUGACAUGCGAGUGGAAUUUCUAUCGCCCGUCUACCCAGACGACUUGAGGCGCCAAUCUGUCCCCUUUUCAUACAUCAACGUUGCUGUUAAAUCUCGCGACGGCAAGUCGCACAGAGUGCAAGUCUAUUCCGACGUGUCGGGAGAAUGGGCAUCGGGCGACACUGGAGCAGUGGUUGAAUGGGAUACUUCAUCCAAUUAUGGCGUGCGUAGCCACAGGUUCUGGAAACAGAAAGAGACCGUCUUCCAGGAGGAUGGAGAAAAUGCAGCUUGGGGCACUUGGUACUGGUCCACUGGUGACCAGAGUGGUGUAAGCUACAAGAUUGGUUCUGACGUGGAUGUACGCGGGCAAUUCCUCCAAGAGGGGUCGCUGGACAACCGGGUUGACAACCUGUUCCGCGCCGUCAAUGACAGGUGGCCCGUCUUUGCCCUUUCCCGUGAUCUAGGCACUGUCAAGGGCGGAUGGGCCGAGACUGUCUUUACCAUCGGGGUGGCCCAACGGGACAGUAUUCAGUGGGUUGGGGAGGCUGCAGACCCGCAGAGCGUGCCAUCUCUAUGGGCUUCAUAUUUUCAGGAGAAUGACCUAGUCCCAUUUUUCUACCACGACUACGACAAUGCCACGCAUGCUGCCAAUCGAUUGGAUCUUCGCAUCCAGAGAGACUCUGUUGCUGCUGCUGGCCAGGACUAUGCAACAAUCACCACUCUAUCUCUUCGACAAACCUUUGGUGCCCUCGCAUACACAGGCACCCCAGACAAUCCUUUAAUUUUCCUCAAAGAAAUUUCGUCAAAUAGUGACAUUCAAACUGUUGACGUCAUCUUCCCUGCGUUCCCCAUCCUCUUGUACUUGAACCCGAACCUGCUCAAGUAUCUUCUCGAGCCUCUUUUGCUCAAUGACCGAUACCACUAUCCGAAUGACUUUGCACAGCACGACUUGGGGCGUUUUCCCAGGGCCCUUGGCUACGCUGAUGGGAACGAUGAACACAUGCCCCUGGAGGAGUGCGGCAACAUGAUUAUCAUGAUGCUUGCCUAUUCUCAGAUGAAGCAUGACGACGAAUAUCUUUCGGCCAAUUGGGAUUUGCUCGUCAAAUGGGCUCAGUACAUGAUAGACGACGCCAAGAUCCCUGCGAGCCAGCUCUCUACCGAUGACUUUGCUGGCCACCUUGCUAACCAGACCAAUCUGGCCAUCAAAGGCAUCAUUGCCCUCCAAGCCAUGUCCGAAGUCGCCACCCGGGCCGGGUUCGAAGACGAGAGUAGCAAAUACUCUACUCUGGCCAAGGAAUACCUUGAAUUCUGGACUGAGCAUGGCGUCAAUGCCGAGGCCGGGCAUAGCAUGCUGCAGUAUGACAACAAAGACUCUUACGGUCUCCUCUACAAUAUCUACCCAGACAAGCUUUUAGGUCUCGACUUUAUUCCCCAGGAAAUCUACGACAUGCAAAGCGACUUUUACCUCAAGACGCAAAAGGAAUAUGGCGUUAUUCUCGACACGCGCAACGUCUGGACCAAGGUGGAUUGGGAGCUGUUCGCGGCCGCUGUAGCCAAGCCCGAAACGCAGAACAUGUUCAUCUCCAAGAUUGCCAGAUGGAUCAACGAGACGCCCACCUGGCGUGCCUUUACAGACCUGUACGACGUGAAUACUGGUGGCUAUCCUGGGGGUCUUCAAUUCACGGCGAGACCUGUGGUGGGCGGCACGUUCUCGUUGCUUGCGCUGAAGAAAUAG